AUUGGCUCUUUGACAGCACGCGCUCGGUAUGGUUCAUCUGGCACUUUCUCUAAAUGCCAUCCGUAAAGCUACAAAGUUGAACCGUUUGACCAACUUAUACCAGUCUUUUAAAUGUCGAAACCUAAGUUACACUAGCGGAUACACUAUUAUUGACCAUUCAUUCGAUGCUGUGGUUGUUGGUGCAGGUGGGGCGGGUUUACGUGCAGGUUUUGGCCUCGCAAAUGAGGGUUUCAAAACUGCAAUUAUAACAAAAUUAUUUCCUACCAGAUCUCACACAGUUGCUGCUCAGGGUGGAAUAAAUGCUGCUCUUGGGAAUAUGGAGCCUGAUGACUGGCGUUUCCAUAUGUAUGAUACAGUCAAAGGUUCCGAUUGGUUAGGUGACCAGGAUGCUAUUCACUACAUGUGUGAAGAGGCCCCACAAGCCGUUAUCGAGUUGGAAAACUAUGGAGUACCUUUUAGUCGCUUGGAGAACGGCAAAAUAUACCAGCGAGCAUUUGGUGGUCAAAGCAUAGACUAUGGGCGCGGCGGUCAGGCCCAUCGCUGUUGUGCAGUUGCGGAUCGAACUGGGCAUUCACUUUUGCAUACAUUAUAUGGCCGGUCAUUACGUUAUGACGCCACUUAUUUCAUUGAAUAUUUCGUAUUGGAUCUUCUCAUGGAAAAUGGCGAGUGUCGUGGUGUCAUUGCUGUGUGUUUAGAGGAUGGGACUUUGCAUCGUUUCCGUUCUAAAAAUACAGUUCUCGCUACAGGGUAUGUCGUUUUUCUUAGCUCUUAUCAGAUAGGGGUUAUGGUCGUACAUACUUUUCCUGUACUUCAGCACAUACUUGUACCGGUGAUGGGACGGCAAUGGUCACACGGGCUGGGUUGCCUAAUCAAGACAUGGAGUUUGUUCAGUUUCAUCCCACAGGUAAGUGCGGAUAUAUCCUGUAACUUCAAAGGAAUUUAUGGGGCUGGGUGCUUAAUCACCGAGGGCUGUCGAGGUGAGGGUGGUUACCUCAUUAAUAGUAAAGGAGAGAGAUUUAUGGAGAGAUAUGCUCCUAAUGCUAAAGAUCUAGCUUCUCGGGACGUUGUGUCAAGAGCGAUGACAAUUGAGAUUCGCGAAGGACGGGGAGUUGGCCCUAGGAAAGACCACAUAUUUUUGCAACUUUCUCAUCUUCCGGCAGACCAACUACACAGUCGACUUCCUGGUAUAUCGGAGACAGCAAAAAUAUUCGCAGGUGUUGAUGUUACAAGGGAUCCUAUUCCUGUGUUACCUACCGUCCACUAUAAUAUGGGGGGAAUUCCUACAAACUAUAAAGGACAGGUGCUGACUUAUGAUCCGGUUGCUAAGAAAGAUAAGGUUGUUCCUGGACUAUAUGCUGCUGGUGAAGCUGCUUGUGCAUCGGUUCACGGCGCUAAUAGACUAGGUGCCAACUCACUACUUGACAUAGUUGUGUUUGGUCGUGCAUGUGCGCUUGACAUUUCUGCGAAAAAUAAGCCUGGAGACGCAGGUCCAGAGUUAAAACCAGAUACCGGGGAGGUCUCCAUCGCUAACUAUGAAAAACUCCGGACCGCAAAUGGAAAUUAUCCAAUUGCACAAGUUCGAUUAGAAAUGCAGCGAACAAUGCAAGAGUAUGCUGCAGUAUUUCGUGAUGGUCCUACUCUCAAAGAGGGCUGUAGAAAAAUGUAUGAAUUAUAUGCUUCUCGAAUGAAUGAUUUAAAAGUUAGUGAUCGCAGCAAAAUAUGGAAUAGCGAUCUAAUGGAAGCAUUAGAAUUACAGAAUCUGAUGCUAAACGCUUUACAGACUAUUGUUGGAGCUGAAGCCCGUAGAGAAUCGCGUGGUGCUCAUGCACGUGAAGACUUUCCUAAUCGAUUAGAUGAAUUCGACUACUCUCAACCUAUUGAUGGACAAAAGCCUAAGCCAUUUGAAGAACAUUGGCGAAAACAUACUCUGUCUUAUCAGGAUGUUAAAACGGGUGCUGUAAAAUUGGAAUAUCGUCCUGUAAUUGAUACCACCUUGGAUUCUAAGAGCUGUCCAACUGUCCCUCCAAAACUACGCACUUAUUAGCAUACUCAUUGCUUAGGAUGAAUUUUCCAAAUAUGUAGCUUAAUGAACUGGAGAUUUUCUUCCGUUCAUAUUCAAAAUAACUUCGAUACCACAUUUUUACACUAAUUAUUUACAAUUUAUUUGUGAAUGCUUUUGUCUAAUUAUCGUUUUCAAUAAAACAUCUCUUUGCCAAAUGUAUACUUGGACUGCUGCCUUUUUGUUUCUUGGUUCCAUGGUUUACAAAUGAUAAUCUACUUAUUCUUUAGAAUGUCAUAAACUCUUACCCACUAAUGUAUAUGGAUUCAGUUGUUUGUACUUAAUGAUGUCUUAAUAAUAAGAGUUAACACUCAACGUAGACUGCCUUAAAUAAUAAUUCGUACACAACUACCUAUUUAAAAUUCGCCUGUAGCUCUUCUAGAGUUACUGCCGGUCUCAAGCUUUGGUAAAGGAGGAGGGUUGGGCAUGGAGUCACCGACCCCAUCCCGUAGAAAAAAACCUUGCUAAAAAAACGCUAACUAGAUUAAGCUAAUUAAACCGUUUAAACUCUGCCCUCUGUGUUGAAGGAAGAAUCAU